GCGAUUCGUGUAACUGACGUCAUCAACCCGUGUGUCAUCUUGAACCAUAUUAUAACCACGGCACAAAACACAGAAAUUUUGGUUAUUCGCUUGGAUUUGAUUAUAUAAAUACAGGCUUAUUGAUUGACACACUAUGAAUGUCUACUGUUUUAUGCUAGUCAUUUUUAGGUUAACAAACGACAUUUUACAAAAUAAAGUAAAAAUUCAAGUAAAGCCCCGAAAUGCUAGUAUCAAGGGGCUUCUCUUGCGUGCGGAAUCUGCAGAGGCUGACAAAAAAUGCAGUGCAACUAAAAGAAAUUGCAAGAAAUAGUCACCAUUGGAGCUAUAGAAAAGGAGCCCCUCCAGCCUCCAAAAACAUAAUGAUGUGCGCUGAAGUUGUGCAAGGUAUUGCUUGGUGGUGGGUACUGUGGCAUUUGUGGACUGAACCUGACCAUAUUCUAGGGGAAUUCGAGUAUCCAGACCCAAGAAAAUGGACUGAUCAGGAGCUGGGGAUACCAUCAGAAUAAAAAAGAAUUAUUAUUUGCUGUAGUGUUAUGAUUAAAGUGAUAUUUAGACAUUUAUUCUAUUUGCAAAUGCUACACAUUCAAUAUUUACUUUGAACUAUUGGUACUUUUCACGAAAUGUAGGUACUGAUGGAUGACAAUAUUUAUUGAUGUAAAAGUUAUGUGAAAAUAUACUGACACUGAUUGAUCCAUUAGUGAAUACUGAACAAGUGAUAUUUUCCUAAGACUCACAUUGUGUUCUUUUGCUCCUAUAGCCUUUUAGAUCCUAUAAAGUUCCACGUUUUGUCAGUCUGAAAACUAUUUCACCCACCAUUAAUUGUUGUCUGUCAUUAAAUAGCCAUUCAUAAAGCACAACAGUACCCUCAUCUCAAAUGUACGUGAAUGCACCUUAUAAUCAGUAAUAUAGAUGUUUGCAUUCAAUUUGGGAUCAAGACCUUGCAACUAACUCACAACCUGACUCAUUUUUUUUUACCCAUGACCAUUUAGGUUUCUAUGGGGUUAGUAUAAAAACAAAUUGAUAUUCCAUCAUUUAUUUUAUAUAUACAUGAAAAUUAAAGUUGAUAUUUAUUGUACCUAGGAUAUUUCAAAUAUGUUUCAAUGUUUCAAAUAAAAUAAAUCGCAAUAAGCUUUAC